GUCAACUUUUUCUUGUCAAAGAAACAUAUGUGAACACAGCCUUAGCACUUUCGCAUGAAAGGAGAAACGUUGAAAUCGCUUCUGUAACGCAAGUGUGCCCUCGUUGGUAAUGAAAUCACAUCUUUAAAUCUGAUUUCUCCGAUACACGUUUAAAGUUGGUAGUCAACCGCCUAUCAAAUCAAAACAAGAAGUGAAAGUCUCCGCCUCUCUGUGUGUGAAUCCGACACCAGCAUGUCUUCACCUCCUCCCCUUUCUGUCCUCGGACUCGCACGGCUGUCCCAACAACAAGAGCCCAGACCUCUCAUCACAGCGACACCAUAAACACGACACAUUAAAGCGUUUAGAGGAGCAGCUAGGCCGACGGGCUGUCCGGACGGCCAGGAUGUGGGUUUGGUACUUUCUGUUCAGUUCGGGACCAGGAGGCUCCAGCUCGGUCGAUUGUCAACUUCUUCCUGGGAAUAACUUUACAACAGAAUGCAACAUACCAGGAAACUUUAUGUGUGGAGAUGGAAAAUGUGUUCCUGAAGGAUUGCAGUGUGACGGCUUUCCUGACUGUUUUGACAAGAGUGAUGAAAAACGUUGCUCAAAGGUGAAGUCAAAGUGUGCAUCCACAUUUUUUGCUUGUUCAAAUGGGCUCCACUGCAUUAUUGGCCGUUUUCGGUGCAAUGGCUUUAAAGACUGCCCUGAUGGCAGUGAUGAAGACAACUGCACCUCUAAUCCUUUGGUGUGUUCAUCUGCUCGGUUCCAUUGUCAUAAUGGGCGAUGUUUAGACCGCAGUUUUUUGUGCAAUGGACAGGAUAACUGUCAAGAUAACAGUGAUGAAGAGAACUGUCUCACAACAGCAGAAUCCCCAGGACAGGACUUUGUGACUCUGGACUAUCGACUCCACUAUUAUCCUGGUAUUACUUAUGCUGUUAUCGGAAGUGCCAUGAUCUUUGUCCUCGUAGUGGCAUUGUUGGCCCUUGUUCUGCACCAUCAGAGAAAACAGAGUGUCCUGCUGCCUCGGGGUCUCUGUCAUAGAGGUGCCUGCCAACAAUCACUUCUACUGUCCCGACUUGUGAUCAUAGACAGGGGACAUAUCCAUUCAGGAGGCAACAGCCUUUCACCUCAGUCUUCAUAUCCAUCAGAGCCAUUCCGUGCGGUUCAUAGUCUCCAGUUGUUUCCGUGUUCCCAGCAUUCCACAACUGGUGUGAUAGAUUUGCUCCCAUCAUACUCACAGGCUGUACUGGAUGUUGGACAACCACCGUGGUUUGACCUCCCACCCCCUCCUUACCCUCCAGAGGAUACAAAUGAUUCUGAGAGGGAACUACCUGUCUACGAAGAGCCAGCCACAGAAUCCAUAGAAUCACUGCAAACCUGGACCAACACUUUAAAUGUGGACUCCUGCUGUGCAGAGGAGUCUUAGCAUUCGCUAUUCUACACCCAGUGGAAAUGAACCUGUGUAUAUACAGUAAGAUAUGCAGAAGAAGUGCCUGAAGAAAGAAAAGAUUGAGUCACUUUCUUAAUGCAGGAUAUACUACGGCAGUGCCACCAUCUGGUGGCCAUGUCACAGCAUUUCUGUUAAAGAGAAAAAUUAAGCAAUGAUUUAUUUACAGUUGUGUUACUCAAACCCUCUAUGACUUUCUUUUUUGUUCAGAACCAAGAGAGAGAAUUGUAGGAAAUUGAUGUUCUUUUCCUUACAAUGGCAGUCCAUGGUGCAUGUCUUCUGAACCUUUAAAGGACACAAAGCUUCAUAAAAUAAUUCCAUGUGACUUCUGACAUGUGUUUCAAAUGUAAAGGCAGCUUGAUGUCGACUACUCGCUGAUCAUGUGAUUUUAAAACUAACUUUUGAGAAUACAAAUCCGCUUGCUAAAGAGUUUAAAAGUCUAAUUGACUCUUUUGACUCCGUCCAAAUGGUUAAAGGCCCUACAGAUUCACUUGGUCAUACACUUGACCUCACUUUGGUGCAUGAUGUGACUGUUUAUGAUCUUGAAAUUGGUGAUCUAAGUUUUCGGAUCCUAACCCAGUGUCGUUCACAUGUGCUAUUUCAGAUCAGGUUGUAAAACCGAAUAAGACUGUUGUUUAAUCACGUGUGUUUAGCUGUACUUUCAGUGAGGACUUUUGUGCUCAUUUUGAAGAAGUUUGUGAGCAGGUCUUUCCUCACUUUUCAUCAAUCGAUUUAGAUGCUGAUCAGCAACUUACUUUAUUUAAUUCUAUCUGCACUACUAUUCUAGAUGUCAUUGCUUUACUGCAGACAAAGAAUCUGAAAUCUAAGGUAGAGCCAUGGUUAAAUAGUGAUAUACGGGCUCUGAGGCGAAUAUUUAGGCACGCAAAACGUAAAUGGAAAAAAGAUACGUUGCAUGUGUUUUUAGAGAUAUUGCUUACCUCAUUAAAAAACUAUUAAAAACACAUAAAGGAAGCAAAAUCUAAAUAUUUGGUUGACAUUGUAGCAAAAAAUUGUUCUCCACAAUAAAUCUGGUCAUAAAUCCUCCUAAUAAUUUGCAGAUGUGUGCAUGCUUUUUAAGGUAUUUCAAAAACAAGAUUCAGGGCAUUAGACAGCUAAUUGUUCCUGGAAACUAGAGUCCCUCUGUUCCUCUGGUUUGCAAUUCAUCUCUAGAUAUAUUUGAUAUGAUCUCUGUAGAUACACUUCAUGAAGUUAUUAUGAAGUUAAAGCCUCUUCUUCUUCUUCUAAAACUGACAUUAUCCCAGCUCACCUCUUGUUCAAAGUUUUGAUGUUAUUGUGCCCUAUAUCCUGUUAAUAAGUAAUAAGAGUUUGUCUUCUGGACCUUUGUUGAAAAAAACCUAAACCGGAACCUGUCAGUUCUCUCUCAAAAUUCCAUGAAAAGGAAGUUUCUGUCCAAGUAUUAUCUGUUUUGGAAUCAUAUAGAGUUUCUGAACCUUUUCAAUCGGGUUUUAGGAAACGCCAUAGCAUUAAAUCUGUCUAAUGAUAUUUUAUUAACUGGGGACUCUGCAGUACUUUUGUGGUUGGAUUUGAGUGCGAUCUUUGAUACCAUUAAUCGUGAUAUUAAAAUAUGGCGUCUUGAAUGCUAUGUGGGUAUUAAAGGUCAGGCAUUAAAGUGGUGAUGUCUGUCAGCAAAAGCUUGUUUGAUUUGUGGGGUCCCCCAAGGAUCUAUUCGUGCUCCCAUUUUGUUCUCUUUUUAUGCUUUCUUCCCUUGGAUUCAAUUUUUAGAAAGCACAAAAAGCACAAAGUAUUGUUUCAUUUUUACGGAGAUGAUAUGCAUAUAAACUGUAUGUACCCAUGAGGCAGAGGGCGACAGUAGUGGUCUGUGUGCUCUUGCAGCUUGUAUGUCUGACGAUAAGGCUUGGAUGUCUAAACACUUCUUAAAUUGAAAUGAAAGUUAGACAGAGGAAAUUGUUUUCAGAUAGACAGAUAUUUCAGACCUCUGUGAAGUUGUCACCCAUAUAAAUAAAUUGUCACCAAAACUA